AUGUCCUCACAUGGUCGCUUUACCGAAUCAGCCGCUAACCAGCGGCCGGUCAAAGAGGUCCAAUUCGGAAUUUUAAGUCCCGACGAAAUUCGGAGCAUGUCCGUCCUCAAGGUUGAGUUUAGUGACAUCCGCGACGAAAGUGGAAAAGUUUUGGCAGGAGGAUUAUCUGAUCCUCGUUUGGGUACAACUGAUCGUGCAUUCAAAUGUCAAACAUGUGGUGAAUCGAUGAGCGAUUGCCCGGGACAUUUUGGACAUAUCGAAUUAGCACGACCUGUGUAUCACAUCGGUUUUAUCAAAAAGGUUAAAAAGAUUCUUGAAUCGGUUUGUUUCCACUGCGGAAAGCUCAAAGCGGAUGUCGAUACGGAUCCACUCUUUGCAAACGUAGUCAGAUCAACGUCGACCAAAACCGCUUACUCUCGUCUACGACGCUUCCACGGCACAUGGCAAGUCUGCUCCAAGAAGCUCAUUUGCGAAGCCGAUCCAGUAAAAGAAGAAGAUGAAUUCGGUGGAGUCGAAGAAGAAUUGCCAGUGGGACAUGGUGGAUGCGGUCACACGCAACCAGUAUACCGACGUGAGGGUUUGAAGAUGUACGUUAGUUGGAAGAAAGGAAAAGAAGAUGAUGAAGAGGAGGGCAGUAAAUUAUCACAAGCAGACAAAAGACCAUUACCAGCCUCGGAAGCAUUGCAAAUCUUGAAAAAGAUUAGUGAUGAAGACAUUGAAUUGAUGGGCCUGUCCAAGCUCGAAGCAAGGCCUGAAUGGAUGAUUCUUACCGUUUUACCUGUCGCACCACCACCGGUUCGUCCUGGUGUUGCAGAAGGAGGAACGGCAAAAGGUGAAGAUGAUUUGACAUACAAAUUGGCCGAUAUCAUCAAAGCGAGUACUCAAUUGAAAAAGUUCGAGCAAGAGGGUGCACCACCUCACAUUGUUGGUGAAUUUGAAGAUUUGGUUCAAUACCAUUGUGCAACAUACAUGGAUAACGAUAUCGCUGGUAUUCCGCAAGCUAUGCAAAAGUCAGGAAGACCAGUGAAGUCAAUCCGUGCACGUCUAAAGGGUAAAGAAGGACGAUUGCGUGGUAACUUGAUGGGGAAACGUGUUGACUUUUCGGCACGUACCGUCAUUACCGGUGAUCCAAACUUGGAAUUGGAUCAAGUUGGUGUGCCAAAGAGUAUCGCAAGGAAUUUGACAUAUCCUGAAAAGGUGACACCCUACAAUAUUUCGUACCUAUCUGAACUUGUCAGAAAUGGACCGAAUGAAUGGCCAGGCGCGAAAUACGUUGUUCGUGAUACCGGAGAGCGUAUCGAUUUAAAAUACAACAGACGAGCAGACAUGGCUCUGCAAUUUGGAUGGACUGUCGAAAGACAUCUGAAGGACGGAGAUUAUGUCUUGUUCAACCGUCAACCCAGUUUGCACAAGAUGAGUAUGAUGUCGCACAGAGUCAAAUUGAUGGACUUCUCCACUUUCCGAUUGAAUUUAUCCGUCACACCACCGUACAACGCCGAUUUCGAUGGUGACGAAAUGAACUUACACGUUCCUCAAAGUGAAGAGACCAGAGCUGAAUUAAGCCAGAUCGCCUGGGUAGCAAAGCAAAUUGUUUCGCCUCAAGCAAAUAAACCCGUCAUGGGUAUCGUGCAAGAUACCCUCUGUGGUGUUCGAAAAUUCACUCUCAGAGAUUGUUUGCUAGACUUCAAUCAAGUCCAAAAUAUUCUGCUUUGGGUUCCACUCUGGGAUGGUGUUGUGCCUACUCCUUGCAUCUUGAAACCAAAGCCGUACUGGUCUGGAAAGCAGAUCUUAUCAAUGUGCAUCCCCAAGGGUAUUAAUGUCUUCUUGGGUAGCCCAAUUGAUCCCAAGAAGAACAAUGUGACAGAUGACGGUGUUUACAUCGAAAAUGGUGAAAUCUUCUACGGUGUUAUUAACAAAAAGGUUGUCGGAUCUGCGGCUGGUGGUUUGAUUCACAUCAUCUUCCGUGAACGUGGACCAGAAAUCUGUCGUGACUUUUUUGGUGGUGCACAGAGGGUGGUAAAUUACUGGCUCUUACACAACGGAUUCAGUAUCGGUAUCGGUGAUACAGUAGCAGAUAAGGCAACCGCAACAUUCAUUACAGAAGAAAUCAUCCGUGCCAAAGCACAGGUAGACAAAUUCAUCCAAGAUGCGAGACACGAUCGCAUGAAACCCGAAGCAGGUAUGACUUUGCGUGAAUCUUUCGAAGCAAAGGUGAAUCGUGAAUUAAACACCGCUCGUGAUACCGUCGGUUCGCGUGCAGAGAAAGACUUGCCAAAUUGGAACAAUGUGAAGCAAAUGGUUAUUGCAGGAUCAAAAGGUUCUUUCAUCAACAUCUCCCAAAUGUCUGCAUGUGUAGGUCAACAAUCCGUCGAAGGAAAGCGUAUUCCAUUUGGUUUCCGUCACCGUACUUUGCCGCACUUCUCCAAGGAUGACUUCAGUCCAGAAUCUCGUGGAUUUGUGGAGAAUUCAUACUUGCGUGGUCUUACACCACAAGAGUUCUUCUUCCACGCCAUGGCAGGUCGUGAAGGUUUGAUUGAUACAGCGGUCAAAACUGCUGAAACUGGUUACAUUCAAAGAAGAUUGGUCAAAGCUUUGGAAGAUGUUAUGGUUUGCUAUGACGGAACGGUGCGUAAUUCUACAAAUAAUGUCAUUCAAUUUGCAUAUGGUGAAGAUGGAAUAGACGGAGCAAUGGUCGAACGUCAAAAUCUUUUGACACAUCGAUUGAAUGAUGCUGAAUUCCGUGAUCGCUUCGGUGUAGACUUGAAUGCGGGCGGCUUCAAAAGGGGCACUUUGCAGGCUGGUUUGGGAGAUUUCUCGCAAGAGCUGCAAGAUCUUUUGGAUGAAGAAUUCGAGCAACUUUCUCGUGAUCGCAAGAUCUUGAGAACAGAAAUCUUCAAAGACAGUCGUGCCGAUGUAUACUUGCCGAUGAACAUUGCUCGUCUAGCGCUCAAUGCACGUCAAGAAUUCAACAUCGAUCCGAGAAAGCCAACAGAUCUUUCGCCGAAAGAAAUCAUUCUUGAAUUGCGCGAAGUGAUCGAUAGACUCAUUGUCGUCCGCGGUAAUGAUCCGAUCAGUAUUGCGGCUCAAGAAAACGCUACUCUAUUGUUCAAGAUUCACUUGCGAUCAUUCUUGAGUACCCGAAAUGUGAUCGAAAAGCUUCAUUUGAAUCGUGAAGCCUGGUCAUGGGUCUUGGGAGAGAUCGAACAGCAGUUCGGAAAAUCAGUCGUAAAUCCUGGUGAGAUGUGCGGUACACUUGCAGCCCAAAGUAUUGGAGAACCGGCAACUCAAAUGACCUUAAACACUUUCCACUAUGCUGGUGUUUCAAGUAAAAAUGUAACGCUUGGUGUUCCCCGUCUAAAGGAAAUUAUCAAUUGCGCCGAGAAUAUCAAAACACCUUCAGUAACUGUGUACCUGACUCCAGAGUAUAGCCAAACUGAAGAGGCCGCAAAAGUGAUUCAAACCGCAUUAACCCAUACAACGCUACGAACUGUCACAUCUGCAGUUGAGAUUCAUUUCGAUCCCAACCCAACCAGCACGAUCAUCGAAGACGAUCGUGAUUUCGUUGAAGCAUUCUUUGCAAUUCCUGAUGAAGAAGUUGAACGAACGCUUGACCGUCAAUCCGCAUGGCUUUUGCGCUUGGUCUUGGACCGUGCUCAAAUGUUGGACAAAAACUUGACAAUGGCAGAAGUUGCUUCAAAGAUCACUCAAACAUUCUCGGAUGAUAUUUUCGUAAUGCAUUCGGAAGACAAUGCUGAGCAAUUGGUCUUGCGUAUCCGCGUUGUGGAUAAUGAUCCCGACAAACAAACAAGUGAGAGUGAAAAUGACUUCUUGAAGCUUUUGUCCGAGGAUAUGUUGAAUGCAAUCGAUCUAAAGGGUGUCAAGGGUAUCAAGAAAGUCUUUAUUGUGUCUCAAGAUAAGGCUCAUCAACGUGUGAACCAAAUCACUGGUGCAUGGGAACCUGUGCGUGAAUGGAUCUUGGAAACUGAUGGAACCAACUUACGUGAGGUUCUUGCAGUGACGGGUGUCGAUGCUGCCAGAACGCUUUCGAAUAAUUGCGUUGAAAUCCUGCAAGUAUUUGGAAUUGAAGCAGCCAGAAACUCCGUUCUCCGUGAAUCAAAGGCGGUUAUUGAAUUUGACGGUUCAUACGUCAAUUAUAGACAUUUGGCAAUGUUGUGUGAUAUCAUGACCACCCAAGGACAUUUGAUGGCCAUCACUCGUCAUGGUAUUAACCGUACAAGUCAAGGUGCAUUAAUGCGUUGUACUUUCGAAGAAACUGUCGAAAUUUUGAUGGAGGCAGCUGCUAUGGGUCAACUGGACGACUGUAAAGGUGUUGCAGAGAAUGUUCUAUUGGGUCAAAUGGCACCGAUGGGUACAGGAGCGUUUGAUGUUUGCUUGGAUAUUGAAUUACUCAAGGAGGUGAUCGUUGAUCAUAGAUUGCCCGUUCAAGCAGCUAUGCAAGCUCAAUUAGAUCCAAUGGGUGGAAAGACUCCUGGUGGAAUGAUGACACCUUAUGAUUCUGGAAGUCCAAUGCAAUACUAUGAUGGUCAGAUUCAAGAUAUGGCUGCCUUUAGUCCUUUGGCUCAAGCGCAAGAAGAGUACAAUGACUAUUUGGCACCAGGUCAAACACCAAUGCGAACUCCUAUGGGAGCAACAUCACCUCGUGCAUUAGGCGGCUAUUCUCCCGUUUCACCCAUGGUUGGCUAUUCACCUGCAAGUCCUGCUUAUGCAGCAAGCCCUGCAAUGGUGAGUCCUUAUAUCCAACAUGGCGCAGGAGGCGGAGCUGGUGGCUACUCGCCUACUUCACCCAACAUCGGUUACGGGCCAACUUCUCCAGCAUACUCGCCGACAAGUCCAACGUACUCACCUACUUCACCGCGCAAUGAUAUGUCGCCUGUUUCGCCUGCAUAUGGAGGUCGCGGAGGUGGACGUGGAUCAGGAUAUUCACCUGCUUCGCCUAAAUGGUCACCAACCAGUCCAUCUUAUUCGCCCACCAGUCCAGUAUACAGUCCAACAAGCCCUACAAGUCCAAAGUAUUCUCCAACUUCACCUGCAUAUUCGCCGACAUCACCUGCUAUGCAAGGCGGUCGGGCUGGCGCAAUCACUUCUCCUCGUUAUUCUCCUACAAGUCCCAAGUAUUCACCCACCUCUCCUCAAUAUUCUCCCACCUCUCCUCAAUACUCGCCAACGAGUCCGCAAUAUUCGCCUACUUCACCGGUAUAUUCACCUACCUCACCUCAAUAUUCCCCAACAAGCCCCAAAUACAGUCCAACCUCACCAAAUGGCGCAACGAGUCCCAACGUAGCUGCUGGAGGAGCGGCAUCACCACGUAGAAGCAGAUUUACUCAACAAUCUGCCUGGUCUCGACGCUAA